AUGGCCUCAGCAGCGCGAACAGUCCUCGCUUUCCAGCGCAAUGCGAAGCUGUACUCGCUUGCCACACGCGUUACAGCAAUCCGUCCUUUCAACACCCUCGAAGACGAGAACCGUGAGCUAUUUAAGCAAGGCACUGACGAUGACUUCGCCGUUGUCACCGAGGAGACCAUAUUCCACCCUCAAGGCGGAGGCCAACCAUCUGACAUUGGAACAAUGACAAACGAAUCUGAUGCUCGCUUCACUGUUGCUUCUGCUCGCAUGGAUGCCGUGCGCGAUGGCCAGGUUUUGCACUUUGGGAAAUUCGAGUCCGAAAAGAAGUUUACAGAGGGCGAUACAGUCACAACAGAAAUCGACGUCGAGAAACGCCUUCUGUACUCUCGUUAUCACACCGCCGGCCAUGUCCUCGGCUCAGCAGUGAACCAUCUCCUAAAAGACAAAGUCGAAGGAUUUGAGGAACUUAAAGCCUCACACUUCCCAGACUCAGCAUCGUGCGAGUUUCAAGGCCUCAUCGAAGGAAAGUGGAAGGAUCCCAUCCAGGCAAAGGUGGACGAAUUCAUAGCAGCCAAGAUGCCGGUCGAGAUUGAGUUUUGGGAUGAGGAGGAUUUCCGCAAGAACGGACUGGAGCAUCUAACGCCUGAUGCGAGUUUUGUGGCGCCUGGUGAAAAGUUCAGGGUUGUCAGGAUCGUCGGAGCGGAAGUUUAUCCUUGUGGUGGAACGCAUAUUGAUACCACUGAUCAAUGUGGCGAGACUACAGUGAAGAAGAUCUCAAGGAGUAAGGGCAAAUCAAAGGUCAGCUAUUUGGUGAAAUAG